AUGUUCCUUUCCAAAGGGAUAAUAUUGUUAUUUUAUAUAACAAUAUUAUUAUCAAUAAAUUUUGGAAAGGUAGUUUCAACAUCAUACACCUGCAAUGUUGAUCAAGAUGCAAAUAUAAACCCAAAUUCUCAAAAUUAUUGUUCAUUUCAAUCAUCAUAUAGUGUUACAUGUUUAAAAAUUAAUGAUUGUAUAAAUAGUUUAAAUAAUAUCGGCAACAGUAAUAUUUAUAGUAUCGCAUUGGUUAAUAGUCAUUAUAGCUAUGAUGGAAAUUGUGACUUGGUUAUUAAAUCAAGCUCUCAAUGGUCUUUUAGAUCAUUGGGGAUAAAUUCAACUAUAGAUUGUCAAAGUAAAGGAUCAUUUAUAAAAUCAUCGAUCUCAAGUAUGGCAUUUAGUAAUUUAAUUAUUACAAACACUAUAAAUUCAGCAAUCAUUUCAAAUUCAUCAAAUUCAUUACCAGUUAUAACAGUUAGCCAUGUAACUUUUAUUAAUUGUACAACCAAUGGUGACGGUGGUGCUCUUCAAAUCCAAUCUCCAAAUUUAAUCAAUGUAAUUAAUUCAAACUUUAACAGUUGUAGUGCAGCAAACAAGGGUGGCGCAAUUUUAUCACAAUCUAACUUAAUUAUUCAUUCAAGCUCUUUCAUAUUGAACUCUGCUAAUGAUGGUGGUGCCAUUUAUUCAUCCCAAACUACAAUCAGAAAUGUUGCGUUUAUAAAUAAUACCGCUAUUUCCACUGGUGGUGCAGUUAGUUCUUUAGAAUUGGACAUACAAGGUUCAACAGUUAAAAACAAUACUGCGGCUAUGGGUGGUGCUCUAUAUAUUCAAGGUAUUCAAUCUCAAUAUACAGAUUUCUAUUAUAACAGUGCCAACGAAGGUGGAGCCAUAUACAUCCAUGAUACAAUUUCGAAUAGUCUUUUAAAUGGAAAUAAUAUUCGUAGUAAUUUUGCUACAAAUGGGGGUGGAAUUUAUGUUGCGGCACCAACAGACAAUGGAAAGCUAAAUCUAACAGGAACACUAAUUUAUGAAAACCAAGCAGGGUCUUAUGGUGGAGGUGUUUAUUUUAACAAGUCAUCAACACCUUUUAUUUUUAAUGGAAAAAUAUACAAUAAUACAGCAUACGCACAAAGAAAUUCAAAACAACAAGAGUUGGCAUGUGAUCGUUUUUCUCAUGUAAAUUGUAAUUUAUGUGGUAUUACAAAUUGUAAUCUAUGUCAAGAAAAUCAAGGUAUAUGUAUAAAAAUUAAAUCUAAAAGUAGCAGCAGCAGCAGUGGCAGUAGUAAUAGCAAACAUAAUAGUUCCAGUAAAGAUAGUAGUGAAAACAUAAGUUCAAGUGGCGAAGAUAGCAGUGAUAAUAACUCAAAUAGUAAUAAUAAUAAUAAUAAUGAUAAAAUAAGUUAUAAGCAAAAUAAUUAUAUUGAUUAUUUUGAAGAUGACAAUGAAGAUUAUUUAUAUUAUAAUAGUGGUGACUCAGAAAAAUAUCUUUGUCUUUUAACAAGUUUUGGAUGUGAUCAUGGUAAAUGCUCAUUAUUUUUCAAUAGUACAAGUAAAAAAAGUAGUUUCGAAUGUGAAUGUCAACAUGGAUUUUGGGGAUCAACAUGCGAGGGUGACAGUUCAGCAUCUUUAUCUUCAUCAUCCGAGUCGGAAUCAUAUUCAGAAUCAGGAUCAUCGGUUAGCCCGCCAAAUGACAGCAGUAAUAGUAAUGGUAAUACAAAUUCAAAAACAAUGCUAGCUUUAGAAAUCUCUUUACCAAUUGUAUUGGGUUUCUUAAUAAUAGUUUUUAUUGUAACUUUAUACUUUGUUUUAAGAAGAAGAGACGAAGUAAUAGAAAUUACAAAUGAAGAUAUAAGACCAUUAAUAAACGAAUCCAUUAGUGAUCGUAAUAAUUAUUUAUAA